CUGCAAUAACGACGUUGGUGGCACGUCAACAAUUCGGACCGCAAAGGCUAUGCAAAUACGCAAAAUAUGCAACGAGGAGAACAAUGCCGCGCACAGGAGCAAUUUGUGGUACUUUCGGCGCUUCUUUGCCUGCGUUUUUUUAGCGGGUUUUGCCGUCUUGAACGUCGCGUCGAGUGAGUUUGGCGCAAGCACGUUUUCGCACCUCAGCUUUUCACUUCUGGGAUUACCUUCCCAUUGGCUCCGCACGCAGCGCCACGCACCGCACGGCGCACUGUUCAUUGUUCUCACUGCCUGCGCGUUCUGCGCACUUGCCGCAUUCACAGGGUCUCUGUUGGCGAAAAAGUUGUUUGCGCGAAAAAAUCUAAGAACUUCUCGCAGCAACGAAACUACUGGAACGACGUCCGGAACCAAGAAAGCGCUUCACAAGGCUCUCGACGAAAAGAAUCACGAAGAAGAAGAUCUUCCACGACACUCACAUGAAUCAAAGGAGGACAAGAACAAUGAAUCGCUCUGCUCCGAGCUCAGUCUUGCUGCUGCGGUGAAAACCUUUUGUGUCAUGCCUAUCCUCUUUGCGCUUUUCCUAUGCGGGUUUGCGCUCAUAGUGACGGCUUUCUCAUUGCAACAUCACUGGUUUACGGAGCCCAGCGGUUGGUCGUUCAGGUGGAGCUCUACCUCCAGCUCCAGGACACUUAAGGCUACCUCUAAUCCAUCUCGAAAGGAAGGAUCCCUGUAGCUACAUAUACAACAAGGGCGGAAACCGCACACAUAGGUACAAUACUGCACAGGGAUAGACUAGGGGUAGCUCUAAGCCACCAGCAAACGAGAUGCACAACUCGUCCAGAGGACCACGAAGCGAUGCCCGUGCUUUUUUCGCUGCAGGAGAAACAACUGCUACAGUUGAGACUCGUGGAAAAACGAGCUUCCUAUUCCAUAAAUUUCGUGAAACUCGCGGAGACGACGCGAUUUCUGCAAAAGUUAAGCCUUCACUUCACUAGUGGUUCUUCUUCUAUCAUCUCCACAACAAUGUAUAACUUUUCAUCACAACCUGCACGAUCAGUUCCAGUAGCAUCAUAUCUGUACUUACUUCGCUCGGCUGCACUGAGAGCGCUAACAAAGGGGUCCUGGCAACAGCAUGGGACCUACCAAACGGAGAUGGAAUCUUACUUGCUUUCAACACGCACAUUUAAGGCCGCUUUGAGAGGACGUCCAUCCCACUUAUCACUGGCAUUUCGCUGGCAUCAUUCUUCGUAAAAAGAUUCAAGAAAUUUGUACAGGCAGUUACUUAUACAAAGGGACCAACCUCCUCUUCUUGCAUUUAGAGUAUGACCACCAAAAUGGAUUGCUAUUUUCACUCCGCAGAAGGAUCUUCUAAAACUCGCAAGCUGUAGAUGACAGUUACACCAUCUUCGCCAAAGCAAAGGCGUAUUCAUGCCUUCACCAAAGCGCUGCUUCGUCAAACGAGGCUCGGAAUACUUUUGAGGCAUCUUCCUGCACAUCUUGUUGUAUCCAAAAAAGCCCUCCAACAUAAUUGUUCUGUUCGCAUGUAUUGUUUAUACUUAGUACUUAGAAGAGUCUUGAGAGUACUAGUAAAAACUAGAAGAAGCUAGUCAGCAACUCCGUAAAAAAUUCGCCAAGCUUGAUAACGGAUGUUUCGGCUACAGUGCCAAAUGAUGCAAUCCAAUUCCAAGCCAUGAGAUGACGAAUGGCCUCUCUAAAUUUUCGCGUAAUCAUCGUACUGCGUGCGGUGCGUUUUCGCAUUCCCGCGUCCGGAUUCCCUACUUACGGCUCUUUCAAAUCCGCAAAUGGGCUAGAUCUAGAUGACCUUUGAGAAAUAUCUUGCUUCUCGAUAAUAAUUCCGUCAAGUAGAUGAACGAAAAAUUAAAAUGGUGUUCAGCUUGCUUGUUAUUAUGUUGAAGACUGACGACACAUUGCGGAACGAAGAGCUAUAGCUUCUAACCUGCGAGGACAACACUUCUUUACUGACGGACGGGGAAAAGCAAGGAUAUCGUCUUCUACAUCAGGAAUACCGUGAGAUGGCGCUGUUCGUUGAGUCCCUCGUUGCGCACGUGCGUGAACGCUUUCCAGGCAAGGGGCUGCACGUGCAAGUCAGUGGCGACUUCAAUUUUCCGAGAAACAACAUGUUCUACGCGGCGAAGGUCGAAGGUGCGGAAGUGUUUGGAGACAUUCCCAAUGCAGAGCAACAACAAAAGGGUGACGAAGACGCGAGUUCAGUCCACGACAGCCUUGUCUCUUUUUGGAACCAGCACCUUCGUCGCAGGGCAGGGAUUCGAGAAACUUCAAUGCUUGAUGGCCUCCCCGGUUUUCUAGAAUUUGAGGCAGAAGAGCAGGAGCGUCGAGCUCAAAUGCGUAGUUCUUCUCAGAUUUUCGAACAACAACAAGAUGACCCGCGAAGAGGACCAAACUUGCUUGAUCAUGCACGUCCCGAAUUUCAAACAGCCAUGGAUCCUGUUCUUCUCGCGACUGGCUUUACGUGGUCGUCACGAGAAUUCCAGAAAGAACUCUUCGGAUCGAAACAUCCUGCGCUCAAUCAUUGUCGAUUUCAUGAGGAGAUGCUUGAUGUAGACCAACAAGAUCCAGGUCAACAAGCAGCAACUCAGAGUUCAUCUCUUCAUGCGCUUUAUCUCGUACGCGAGAUCACAUGUCCUCAUGGAGAACAGCAGGAGCAACGAAGUGCCAUUGUACCUCCACUUGUUGCGGGCCAGUUGGAUCGUCAUGAAGUACAGCAGCAACGAAGCGCGAUCGCGGCUCCACCACGUGCUAGGGGGCAUUCACUUAGAGCUUUCAAUCGGCUCGACGAUGGUAGAUUCGUUCCGGUCCCUCGUCGUGGAUCCUCGCCAGGCCUCGACGCCUGGUAAUCGCAUUCUAUUUUCUAAUGAUUCUAACUUAGUCAUCUGUCACUAUAAUCAUAUUUUGAUUUUAGGCUGGUAUUGUCUUCUACUUCAUUCAGUCCUUACAACUGGGAGAGGUCAUUCUUGCCGUUUUUGCUCAUGCAAAUUCAUACCAUCCUCUGAUACCGAUUGAAAUUCUCGUCGGUAAAUGUCGAUGAUGGAAUAGAAGUAAGUGAAUGGCGACCAGCAUGGAGGAUGAACUGAAUUCAACCGCAGACGAUCAGCAUCGAUUAAUUUGAAAGUAACUGACUAGGUUUAGUCUUCGCACACUGGAGGAUGCCGCGACUCUAGGCCUGUAUGAUCCGCAGACGCGUCGCAGCACUCCUUGCAGUGGCUCUGGGGUCGUUGACAUUGCGUGGAAUGAGGAGCUACAAAAGAACGCCAUGAAGGUGAACCAUUUCACAAUGCAAGACCUGGACCAUGUAGCCCUUUUCCCGCGUUACGCACCAGGAGGAAGAGACCAAACUACGAAUAGACCCGAAAGAGCUGAAGAGGCGAAGUUUUGGCGCACGGAAGAGGUGUAUGUAGACUGGGCGAACUUAGUGACAAAGCACGAAGCACCUGUCGAAAGGACGGAUGCUAACCCUAACGUCAGUGGACAACAUCAACAUCCUGAAGAACGGGAGUCUGACAGCAUUCGAAACCGACAGCCAUUGGCUGUGAUAUCUGACCAUUUGCCAGUUGUCAGCAUUGCUCGACCAAGCGAGCAACGGCCACCAGUGCCCGAGGAAGGACGCACUCAUCCGGAAGUUUCCGAUAGAGGCGCCGCGGCCUCUAGGGAUCAAGCAGACCGCUCGACCGAGGAAGUAGUCUUAAGGCGUCGUGUUCGUUGCCAAUUGACAUAUCACUCUCCUGCUGCCACAUCGUGGUUUUUCCCAAGUUGAUUUAACGGCGAUGAAAGGCCAUAUUUGUAAGUUGAGUAGGUGUCGACGUGAAGGUGAACGCGUCGACUAGAAAUAUCUUCAUCUUCUUUCAUUUCCGUACAAUCCAGAAGAACGUCGGCAUUCUCAGCAGCGCUUGCAGCAUUUGGCCCGUGAUCUGAGUCCCGAACGAAUCGUGCAUGGGGACACAAAAUUGCGAGACAUUGUUCAUUCGGCCCCUUAUGUUGCUUUCGUUUGCGGUCACUUACUACUUUUGAUCGUAUUCGCCGUAUUCCAUUCCAUGGCACGCACAGGCUCCUCUUCUCCUACGAGAAAAUCUGAAUCACAAGAACGAUUUCACGCUUCCAUCGCGACGUGCACAACUUCUUCUGCUGAAGAGAAAAUGAAAGGUUAUCAGCAUUCUGAUGCUCAACCAACAAGCUUGCUGGGUGAGAACGGAAAGUUCCCGCCGAAUAGGAAUGCAUCCAAGUCCCAAGCAUCGCACUCGAACCGUUCUUGCCCUGAACCUGACCACGAAGAGGUAUAUUACUCUGAGACAACAGAGCUUCUCGAAGAUGCAAUUCGAAAGGAACAACAAGAAGAUGAAGAUUGCAAGGGACGUAAUGAAGAAGACCAUCACGAUCGUCACCGAAGUGCCGACGUGGUUGCUACACCUGUGAGUGUGCAUGGUUACGUAUCUUCUCAUGUCUAGCCCUCUUGUGGCUUGAGAAAACGAAAUGAUCCGUCAAGUAGUACAUUGGCGCCUCCGAACAGUAGCAGGGGGGAUGUAAAAAGUAGCAGUGGAGACAGGACAAAAAACUUUUUUGCAGUCACAGCUUGGAAGUAAAAAACAUGAGUUCGUUGAGGAAGACUGAAACAUCAAAAUGCGUGGAACACACUUUCACGAACAGAAAACAGAUGUAUCUAUCUAUAAGUAUAUGUUAGCAAAGGGAACGACAAUCAAAUGCGUGGGGAAUGAUUGGCUGAUUGGGGUGAAAUUUAGUGAUGAUCACCGUUGGUCAAGUCUUGGAUUUGGAACCAACUGGUUCUAUAGAAGCCGGGGACAGAAAUCGUUAACAGAAGUUUUGCAUUAUUUAUACUUUCGUUAAUUUAUUGUGUUCGAAACACAAUGAUCGCGGGAUUACACCGACUCAAAAGCAUAAAUACAGAAUCGUUGUUUUACUUCUUGGGAAAGAUUUCGGCUUGAGCAGACCGACCAAACGUAAGACGGAUAUCGAUAAACUGUCAAACACAAGCUGUGGGGUAGUCAAGUUUUUUCGAGGAAAAAGGACGCAACAUGUAUUUUUAGUAUAUCCGCAAACACGUAUCCCUGUCCUUCGUUAUUCUUUGGACAAAGAGAAGAAUCUCGCACGCGCGCAACCUAGAGAAAGAAACCCACCCCUUUGCAUUGUAAGUGACGGCGAAGGGGUAGCUGCUAUCGGAGCGAUCAUCCUGCGCACAUGAAAAUUACGUUUGACUUUCACACAGCACCAAC